AUGGGUAAUCUAUUAUCUUUCACUAACAAUGAUGAUAACUCGACUUUAUCUAAUACAUCUGGAUCAUUCUUACAAUCUGGAAUCCCUUCUAAAGCUGCAUCAUUACGAUGUGAAGCAAGACAACUCAUGUUCGAAGCAAAAGCAGCAUCACAGCAAUCGCAGUAUGAAUAUCAUUAUGGAAAUAAAUCUCAAGCAAAGGUAUUAUCAACAAAAAAGAAUCAUCUCUAUAAACAGAUGGGCGAGAAAAAUCAGCAAGCAGCAAGAUUGAUUUUUGAACAUUUUAAUCGAGAUCGUUCAUAUAAUGUUAUUGAUUUACAUGGUCUUUAUGUUAAUGAAGCAUUGGAAUAUUUAGAACAUAGAUUGGCUAUAUGUCGUUCAGAAAAUAUAUUAAAACUAACGGUGAUUACAGGAAUGGGUAAUAAUUCACCGAAUAAAAUAGCUAAAAUAAAACCACAAGUCGAAAAAUUUGUUCGUGAAAACUGCUUGAAAGUUACUGGCUACAGUGGGCAUAUUGAAAUCGAUUUAUCCACUAAUAACGAACCUACAGCAGGCAGUUAUCAGAAUACUAAUGGAUGCAUUAUUCUGUAG